GGUGUAUAACGAGACUCCAACGAAAAUACGACAGCCAACAGAUCUUUGGGCUGGAUACGGUUUCAGCAGUUCACUUCCAGCGGAUAUUUUAAAAGGCAGCAUGAGCCUCUUCGACAACAGUUGCUGUGAUGGACGAAUAAAUAAUGCACCAGAAGAUUCAAAACCCGUUGAUACGGCGGCUCACCGUUCAAUAACAUCGUCAUUAGGCCUGGCUUCCGUGCUGGAGGAGGAUGAGCACGGUGAAAACAUGCUUGACAGCUCCAACUCGAAUUCCUUUUUUGGAUCUCUAUCUUCUCACAACUUACAGCUCUUCCAGUCAAAUCAGUUCAAUGCACCAGUUACUUUGCGAACACGAAGAGGAGUGUUUGAAUCAGCUCCUUUAAUAGCGAGCGACUUUAUGUGGGACGUGCGCAUUUUUGCAGACCCAGCAAUGGUUCUUGCUCAACUUGGUUGCAGCGAAUACCUCGCCCAGUUCAGGGACCAAGAAAUCGAUAUGGAAGCAUUUUUGCUGCUGGAUGAGCAGAAUUUAAAGGACAUCGGAGUUUCCACGAUGGGUGCUCGCAAAAAGAUAUACAACGCCAUUCUAAGACUACGUGAAUCUGCUCGAAUGUACGGAAUGCGGAUAUGA